UCUUCCUGCAAAAGCCGGUUUCCGUCCAAUUCCAUUUUAUAUUUCUGAUUUCUCUGAGCAGGUGGUUACGUCUGGACCACCAUCCAUGCGAGCUUGAGAUUGCUUGUGGCGUGGAGCAUAGACUAGACACCCACUAUGUGGUUCCCACGAUCCUCGCCCAUCGCUGCCCUCCUCCUCGCCCCCUCGCUAUCCGCCGCUUUUUAUCUCCCCGGUGUCGCUCCGACCUCCUACGAUGAAGGCCAAUCCGUGCCACUGUACGUCAACCAUCUCACGCCCGGCCUAGCGCAGCAGGAUGAACAGCUCCAUUCCGUCUUCUCCUACGACUACUACCACCCGGCGUUCCGAUUCUGUCCGCCGGCAGAGGGCCCGAAAGAUGUUCGAGAGUCAUUGGGAAGCAUCCUGUUUGGAGACCGCAUCCAGACGUCGCCGUUUGAGCUGCACAUGGGCAAGAAUGAGACCUGCAAGUCGGUCUGCGGUCAGGUCUCAUUUGAUGCCCGCAGUGCCAAGUUUGUGAACCGGAGGAUCCAACAAGGAUACAACAUCAACUGGCUGGUUGAUGGACUGCCUGGAGCGCAGAUCAACAUGGAGGCGGUGACGCAGACCAAGUUUUACAGCCCGGGUUUCGCUCUGGGGUCCAUCAACGAUGACGGACAGCCAAUGGUGAACAACCACUUUGAGAUCCUGAUCGAGUAUCACCGCGUUGGAUACGGCAACCAGGACAAGUACCGUGUCGUGGGUGUUCUGGUGCAGCCCGAGUCUCGACGCAACUCCAUGGUUCUGGAGGAUGGCACCGCCCAAUGUGACAGCGACGGGGUCGGCGUCACCCUCAGCGAGGAUGGCGAGACCAUGGUGACUUGGACGUACAGUGUGUAUUGGCGGGAGUCGGAGACCGCGUGGGCCACUCGCUGGGACAAGUACCUGCAUGUCUACGACCCGAAGAUCCAUUGGUUCUCGUUGAUCAACUCGGCCGUGUUUGUGGUUUUCUUGGUCGCGAUGGUGAGCAUGAUUCUGGUCAGAGCCCUGAAGAAGGAUAUCGCUCGGUACAACCGGCUGGAUAUGAUCAACCUGGACGACUUUGACGGGACAUCUGCGGCGGUGGAGGACGGUAUCCAGGAAGACUCGGGCUGGAAGCUGGUGCACGGCGAUGUGUUCCGGUCCCCCAAGUCUCCGUUGCUCCUGAGUGUGCUUGUCGGUAACGGAGCUCAGCUCUUUAUGAUGACGGGAGUGACUGUUGUCUUCGCUCUCUUUGGCCUCCUGUCCCCCGCGAACCGUGGCUUCCUGGCGACCGCCAUUCUUCUGAUCUACACGCUGUUUGGAUUCAUUGGAGGCUACGUGUCGGCCCGGGUCUACAAGUCGCUAGGCGGUGAAUCCUGGAAACGCAAUAUUAUCAUGACGCCCGUGCUGGUUCCCGCCCUCAUCUUUGGCGUGUUCUUCCUCCUCAACCUGUUCGUCUGGGCCAAGGGCUCCAGCGGGGCCGUGCCGUUCGGUACCAUGCUUGCCCUGGUGCUGAUCUGGUUCGUGAUCAGCGUGCCGCUGAGUGUUGCGGGUAGCUGGCUGGGAUUCAAGCAGAGGGCCAUUGAGGGUCCCACCAAGACCAACCAGAUUCCCCGCCAGGUCCCUCCGAUGACGGGCACGCUGCGCACCGUCCCGUCCCUGCUGCUGACCGGUAUCCUCCCCUUUGGGGCGAUCUUCGUGGAGCUCUACUUCAUCAUGACCUCGCUGUGGACCAACAAAAUUUAUUACAUGUUCGGCUUCCUGUUCCUCUGCUACGGGCUGAUGGUGAUCACCUCGGCUGCCACGACGGUGCUGCUGGUGUACUUCCUGCUGUGCGCGGAGAACUACCGGUGGCACUGGCGGGCGUUUGCGGGAGCGGGCAUGACGGGCAGCUAUGUGUUCCUGAACGCGAUCCUGUUCUGGAUCACUCGAGUCAGCUUUGGCGGACUGACGGGGGCGGUGUUGUAUGUGGGAUACUCGGCCCUGAUCGGAUUUGUGGUCUUCAUUUUGACCGGCUCCAUUGGAUUCUUCGCCAGUUGGGCGUUUGUUCAGCGCAUCUAUGGCUCCAUCAAGGUCGACUAAGCGUCACGUUGACAUCGUGAUUCAUUGCGGCGCGGCCCGCC